GGAACGCGACAGAGAUCCCUCUUCUUUGGUGAUUCCGGUUCCCCCAGAACAUUGGGGGCGACAGGGCGGUCCUGCGACCAGGUCCUGAACAAGCAGAACCACUUUAUGAACACCUCAGGUUUAUUUCGUUUUCCUACACAACUGACCAGAAUAUGCACAGUGCCAUGGGGACUCAGGCUUUGGGAGAAGCUGACAUUGUUAUCUCCAGGAAUAGCUGUCACUCUAGUCCAGAUGGCAGGCAAGAAGGACCGCCCUGCUCUACUGUCCCUGGAUGAGAAUGAACUCGAAGAACAGUUUGUAAAAGGACAUGGUCCAGGGGGCCAAGCAACCAACAAAACAAGCAACUGUGUGGUGCUGAAGCACAUCCCCUCGGGCAUCGUUGUAAAGUGCCAUCAGACAAGAUCAAUUGAUCAGAACAGAAAGCUAGCUCGGAAAAUCCUACAAGAAAAAGUGGAUGUUUUCUACAAUGGUGAAAACAGUCUUGUUUACAAAGAAAAACGAGAGGCAGAGAAGAAAAAGCAGGAAAGGAAAAAAAGAGCAAAGGAAACCCUAGAAAAAAAGAAACUACUGAAAGAACUAUGGGAAUCAAGCAAAAUGUCCACCGAGAAAAGAAUUGCAGAUUCUGACUGAAAGAAUCUGCUGGGAAGCUUCCAGGGAAUAAUGGUGACAAGUUCCAUCACUAGCAUUGUUAUGGAGCUUUUAAAGAAAUCUUGACAGACUUGAAAGACAUCAAAGUUUUUUAAACGGUAGACUAAGCUAUAGUGGAUAGAGAUGCACACUUCUGUAAAGAAACACAAGGAAGUCAUUAUUUUAAAAGUGUCAUGGCUACUUUUGAGAGAAGGAAAGAAGUUGUCAUUGUGGUGUAACAUUUGGAGGGGCAUUUGGAGAGGACAAAGUUCUAUUUCUUGACCUGGACAGUAGUUAGAAGGGUGUCCCCAUACCUUUUUAAGCUGUACAUUUAUGUUGUGUAAUUCUAUUUUAUUAUAAAAGAUGAGAAAUUUUAUUUUAUUUUUUUUGCAAAAAGCAUUAAUGUCUAUUUUUAUGGUGAGCCAGAGAACUGAGACAAACAUUAAUAGCAUUUACUGGUACCUUUUCAUCUGCUGGGAGGCACUACUCCGUGAUACUUAGAUUUUAGUUAUCCUCAUGUCAAGUUAAGAGAAUAAAAGAAAACAAGAUGGUGAAAGAA